UUGUCAAGUAUGUUGAUCCUAAGAUUCAAGUUCCAGUUAGGGCUACCAUUUUCGGUGGUAUUAUUGCUCUUUUGAUGGGUUUAUUAGUUUUAAUUGGUCCAGCUGGUGCUAACGCAACAUUUUCGUUAGCUGUUGCAUGUAACUAUUUAGCUUGGGGUACGCCAAUCUUAUUAGUAUUAUUACCAGUCGGAAGAAAAAGAUUCGUUAAAGGUCAAUUCUAUCUUGGUAAUUUCUGGAGUACCUUUAUAAAUUUCGCUUCUGUCUGUUGGAUUAUGUUUGUGAUUGUCUUAUGUAUGUUCCCAAAUUCUAAACAGGUUAAUAAAGAAACAAUGAAUUAUACUGUUGUCAUUAAUGUUGGUGUAUGGCUUCUUUCUUUGGUUUACUUUUUUGUUUAUGGCUACAAAACAUAUAAAGGUACAAGAUCAAACUUGGACGAUGAAUCUAGUGGAUCAUCCAGUGAUGCGGAAGUCGUUGAAGAAAUAUUAGAAGAAAAGGUAUAG